CAUGCGCCGUGUGAAUCAGGGGGCGGGGCCAUAGAUCGGGGAGUGAUAGACAGAAGUGGGAUUCGGGUGGACACAGCGCUGCGGCUAACAGCUAACAGCUAAUCUAAUCCUUUAAACACACACACACACACACACACACCGGACACACAGAAACCGCCUGAAGAUUUUGAACUGAAGAUCAGAUCCAUCAGAGGUGAUCUUUAGAGCCCGUGUGGAGAACCUGAGUGAGACUUCACCUCGGCUUUCAGCAAUUUCUCUCAGUGGUGUGAUAACCGAUGGCCCAGAAUGUCUACAACUAAUAACAUAGCACAGGCCAGGAAACUGGUGGAGCAGCUGAGGAUCGAGGCAGGGAUCGAGCGCAUCAAGGUGUCGAAGGCGGCUGCAGAUCUGAUGAGUUACUGUGAGCAGCAUGCACGCAGUGAUGCCCUCCUGGUGGGCGUGCCCACAUCUGAAAACCCCUUUAAAGAUAAAAAACCCUGCAUCCUUCUAUAGCCUCUCCCUCUCUCUCUCUCUUUCAUCCAUAUAUCAGUCGUUCUCUUUAUCUGUCUGUCCCUCCUUUUUAUUCCUUCCUUCCUUUCGCUACACUACCUAAAAUAACGCAGUGAAGAGGGAUGAAGGACGUGUGAGAUCAGCAUCCACACGCCCUGUUCCCGUCUGCUACGCCGCGCGCCUUCACUUCCACAGAGCACCGCAGCAGAGUGGGUAGGGAGUAGGGUACAGGUGUGGUUUAGGACACAGCCAGGCCCACGGGUUCUCUGUUUUUUCUACUCAUUUUAUCGUUAGCGUUCCUGCGUGGCCUCGCACACGUCCGAGUCCGAGUGAAACCUCUCAGCAUGUGGAGAACCGCAGUGAGGGUUCUGCAGUCCUGAGGUAUCGGUUCUAACCUACCUCACCUUCAGUUCUCUAACUCCAGGAAAAAGUCCAUCUGGAGCGUGGAUCGUAAAGUCCACGCAGAACCCAUGAGCUCCAUGUAGAAACUUUGUUUAGAACAGUGUGUGUGUGUGUGUGUGUGUGAUACUCUUUAACGCUAGCUGUGUGUUGCGCAUUUCUUUCUGCUGUACAGGUUCUCCUGUGUGUUCUCUCUUCCUGUAAUCUUUAGUUCCUGCCCUGUUCCUCCUUACUUACUUCUCCAUACCUUUGUGUUCCAGGUUCCACUCAUUACUCAGCGUAAGAGUGUGUGUGUGUUCCGUCUGACUGUUUGUAUUCAGAUGAUGUGUUUGAGCAGGCUCUAGAAUUCCAGGUGGGUGGGGGGUUCUUGAAUCUCCAUUGGUGUUAUACAUCCUACGUUCUUCUCCACAGAGGAUGCAGGCCCUUCUGUUUAAAGGUUCUAGAACUGGAAGGUAACAUGCAUGUUCCCAGGGUGCACCUGUUCCUGAAACCUCAGGAAUUCCAUGUGGACGUCUCCAUAUGUCUUGAAUGUUCUAGACUCCUCAAAUGAAGAAUCCUCAGAGAUUCUAGAAUUUGAAAUGGAUAGCAGUAAGGGUUCUAGGAUCAUCAGGCCAAAACAUUACAAAUCACUAGUGCGGAGGUUCUGAGGUUUGCUAGGAAAUUUAGUGAAGUGGCUGUCAGGAAUCUAGAACCACAAGCUCAGGAGAUGUUUAGAUGCAGAUGCCCAGCCAGGAUGUUCUUGAAUACUCUAAACUGUGGAGGUUCUAGAAGUGUGAAGAGUUCAGUUCACUUAAGGAAGGUUCUAGAUUACUGAGUGCAGUAGAAGGACUGUAGAUUAUGAAGGUUCUAACUAGUGUGAAGGUUCUGGAUUGAAGUUCUGGAUUUUUCCCCUAAAGUUCUGCUUGACAAUAUGUACGUGUGUGUGUGUGUUCCAGCCUUCAGGCCGUGUCCUAAACCCCCACACUUCUGUAGUGAACAGUCCUAACGCUGCUCCUGCACACUUCCUGCGGCUGUGUCCCAAACCAGCACACUCCCAUAGUCAGUGCACUAUACCAUCAUUAGCAAGUGGUGCUAGCUAACACAUUUAUGAGCCAUAGCAAGGGUUUCCAUGACAACCAGCCAUAGUAAAGUGGUUUGGGACACAGCCUGUAGAUAACGGGGGUGGGAAGGCUUGAGUAAUUAGGGCUUCGUUCCAGUUUUGUUUCCACCUGCCACACCCUUCCCUACAGGUGGUGUCGGGAGUGCAGCAAAGCAUCCUGGGUAACUGGGGCUCCUGUGGUGAUGUACUGAGGGAAGUGUUGAAUUGGAACAGGGCCCGUGGGAUUGAUUCAUAGAUUCAUUAGAACAGCAGCUUGUGUGUGUGUGUGUGUGUGUGUGUGUGUGUGAGAUUAAUCCAACCCGUUUAACAAAAUGGGGGUUCAUGCAGGAAAAAAACUUCAAGUGCCAAAUUCAGUGAAUUAUUAUUUUUAGGACCAACCUGAUAUUUGGGACUGUAUGAGUGUGUGUGUGUGUGUGUGUGUGCGCGCGCGCGCCAAUGUGUUUAUUAUACAUGACGAUAUUUUGUACACAUGUUGUUUAUAAGAGAAACCUGCAGUGUUCCAGACAGACGUGGGAGGGUCUCUAUGUAGGGAACAUGAAGGUUCAGACCUCUGAUGUCACUUCCUGUGGCUGGAGCACACGUCACUUAAAUGUUUUGCACCACUUCCUUUUAAGUUUAAUGUUCUUGUAUUUCCACAUCUAAAACUCUGAGUUUGGAUAUAAAAGUGAGUGUGGGAAAGUAAUGGCACCCUCAUCACAAAUGUCAGAGCAGUGAAGGAACUUCCUGGAUUUUAUCUCCAGGUAGAGAUUAACGGAGCUCAGCCAAUCAACCAGGGAACAAAAUCCAGAGAUCAGACUUGAGGGUGAAAUCAUGCAUCCUGGUUUCUAGACAAUUUGAAGGAAUGUGUUCACUAGUCUUAAAUAAAUAAAUGUGCCAAGUCCUGUGUGUGUGUGUGUGUGUGUGUGUGUGAGUGAAGAGAGAGCCACCUCCAUCCGUCACUCUGUGUUCUCCCUCCGUCCAUCCUUUCUGCCUUGAUUAUGAAGAUAUCUCUAUUUUUUGUAACUGUUUCUCUCAGUGCCAUUACUCAUGUUUUCUUGCACACUGUUAAUAUUUUAUGGAUUAAAAAAAAGGUUGCUGUUUGAAAUCGAGAAGAAUAAAAAAAGAAUAUUGGAGAAGUAGAAAUGAAAUAAAGAUGAAUUGUCACUGGG